UUGAACCUUACAGAAUUAAAAAAUUGAGUCCUCAGUUUGUGUACCUCCGUGUUGAAACAAGAAAGGACUAUAGCUGAUAGUAAUUCAAAGGUGGUUUUCUUCUACCACAGGGUACCUCCCGGAGCCCAGGAAGCCAGGCGGGGGCGAGAGGGAGCCCCUGAAGGAGCGCAACAGUCGGGUCCCGACCCGCCGCCGGGGAUCACGCGGCGAACCUGUGGCCCAAACCGCCCGCCGCCUCCACGCAGUCGCCGGAUUGCCGCCCCACAGGGAGUCCCUGGGCCCAAGGACCCAUCCCAGCGCCGGCUCUCUCGCUCAGGAGAGGCUCUGCCUGCCUGCGUUCAGGCGCGGUGGUCCCCUGACUUGCGAAGAUGUCGGCCAAGCCGGCUGCCGGCUUCGUCAACGAGGCUCCUCGGCAGAUCCUGGCCGGUGGUUCCGCUGGUCUUGUAGAAAUUUGCCUGAUGCACCCUCUGGAUGUGGUGAAAACCAGGUUCCAGAUUCAGAGAUGUGCAACUGAUCCAAACAGUUAUAAAAGUUUAGGAGACAGCUUUCGAAUGAUUUUCCGCACAGAAGGGUUGUUCGGUUUUUACAAGGGAAUUCUGCCACCCAUCUUGGCUGAAACACCAAAAAGAGCAGUGAAGUUUUUCACCUUUGAGCAGUACAAGAAAUUGCUGGGAUAUGUGUCACUGUCACCAGCAUUGACAUUUGCCAUUGCUGGACUGGGAUCUGGACUAACAGAAGCCAUUGUGGUCAACCCUUUUGAGGUAGUUAAAGUUGGCUUGCAAGCCAAUCGGAACAAAUUUGCAGAGCAACCAUCCACCAUGAGUUAUGCAAGACACAUCAUUAAGAAGGAAGGCUUGGGACUCCAGGGCCUCAACAAAGGAUUUACAGCAACUUUGGGACGUCAUGGAGUUUUCAACAUGGUUUAUUUUGGCUUCUACUACAAUGUCAAAAACAUUAUUCCUGUCAAUAAGGAUCCAACCUUGGAGUUUUUGAGAAAAUUUGGGAUUGGUCUUCUCUCUGGCACAAUAGCCUCCGUCAUUAACAUCCCUUUUGAUGUUGCCAAAAGUAGGAUUCAAGGGCCUCAGCCAGUUCCUGGAGAGAUCAAGUACAGAACCUGUUUUAAAACAAUGGCCACGGUCUGUCAGGAAGAAGGCAUUUUAGCAUUGUAUAAAGGCCUGCUUCCCAAGAUUAUGAGGCUUGGACCAGGUGGUGCAGUGAUGCUGCUGAUUUAUGAAUACACCUAUUCGUGGCUUCAGGAGAACUGGUGAUUGCCUACGGAGUAUUUUUCCCUCUUGUGAUAAUGGAUAUUCAUUAUACAGCAUCAUGUUUAAUAUUGAUCAGCUAAGGCGAUACAAUGAUAAAUUAUAAUUACACAAUUAUAUAAUUAUAAAGGGUAAAGCAGUUUGUUCAAGAACAAAACCUAUUUUGAUACUUCAAAAAUUAUCUUUAGACAGUUUGAAACUGUCAUUUUGGUCAUAUCCAUAAAACUAAGAAAAAUAAUACUAUGAAGCAAUAAGGUAUAUAAACUGAAUACAGAAAAAUAGCAUGGAAAUCAGAUAUAUUUCAUAAAAGCAGUAUAAAUUUUAUGACCAAUGUUCCUCUUACAUGGCUUCACAAUGAAAAUUCAUUGUAUUGACGAUUAUUUUUUCCCAAAAGGUCAAGAAGUGCUUAAAAGUGAAAAAAAAAUUAAGCCAAAAUUUAAAGUUUUUACAAAGAAGUAAAUUCUUCCAUAAAUAGUAUUUAAUCAUAUACAAGGAAAAUAUUUCUAAAAUGUACUAAAAUUUCUAAAAUGUUUUAAAAUUUUAUGUUAAAAUGUGAAUCUCUUGGUUUCCUUUAGCAAUAAUACAUAUCUCAGCUAUAUUUUCCUACAUCUACUUUAUAUUUUGCACUGUUGGGUAAAGCAGGUCAUAUUUUAAAAUCAUGAUAUUUGAAGUCUUUUGUGACAAAUGUAAAAAUGAAAUUAUAUUAAACUACUUACGUUCACAUAGUUCCCUUUGAAAACAAGUUUUAAUGCUGAAGUAUUUUCAUGUUAAAUCACAAAUUCAAACCACCCCUUGGGUCCGUUUGUGCUGUCUGUAUUUGCAUCAAAUACAUUUGUUCAGAACUCUUACCUAUGCCAUUCUUAAAAAGGAUAUUUAGAAUAAAACUACAUUUCUAAGUUAUUAGUUUUAAAUGACACAGUUUCAGGUGUGAAGUCUACUAGCGACAGUGUUCCAAUAUGUAAUAUGAAGGGGAAAAUGUUUCAAAAGAGAAGUACAUUCUUAACAUUUCCAAAGAUUCCUGUACUAACAUGCACUCCAAAAAAAAAAAAAAAACAAAAAACCUCCUUGGUGUUGAUACAACCAAACUUAAUUUUAUAUCUGCAUCCUGAAGUGAUGCUACUUCAGUAGCUAGAGUCAACAAAAAUAUCUGCAAGUUCUAGAUGACACCUGUUCUCAGCUACUACUGUGAGAUAUUUCUACCAUGAAGCUGUGUCACUAAAACAUUUUGAAAAUAAAAAAUGAAAGAUAACAAGGUAAUUAUUACUUUUUAUUAAUUUAGAGCAUUUGAAGUAUAAAAAUAAAGGCUUUUGACAUACUGUAUAUACAUACACAGCCUUCAGUUGUACAUCCUUUCCAACGUGUUUUUUAAUUUAUAUUUCAGCCCAAUAUUUACUAAGAGGGUCAUGAAAAGUAGGACAAAACAAGAGAAGUAAGAAUGUGUCUGUUGUCCAACUGCAUUCUAUCCUUGCAGGAUAAUACUCUUGCAUCCUGUGAGAGAGAGCACUGCCUCCACAGAGGCCAUGAAAUUGAACCUUUCACCUCUUCAUGCAGAUGGGGUGGAAGAGGAUCUCUGAAGAGUUCAUU